UUCUGCUUCUCUUUAGCGGGUUCACGUGGGUCAAAGUUCACUUACAGACAUCUGAAGUAAUGGGUGAGGAAAGACUUACAGCAGAGCCAACAGAAACCUGUCAGAAAACAGUGUCCAAAGCAUCGGAUUGCUGUGGUAAACUGCUCCGCUUCAAACCACAUGGCUUUACUGCCUCCGUCAUUACUAAAGCUCUGCUGGGCCUGCUGCUGUUCGGGGUGGUCUGGGCCGUGACGGGACACUUGUGUCUUCCAGGACAGAACCUCUUUGGUCUGGUGAUUCUGUUCCUGUCAGCCGUGUGUGGAGGGAAACUCAUCAGUGUCUUCAGAUUACCUAGAACCCCUCCAGUACCAGCUCUACUGGGGAUGCUACUGGCUGGUGUAGUUUUGCGUAACGUGCCGUAUGUCACAGAUGCUGUGUAUAUUGAUCAGACCUGGUCUGCAGCUCUGAGGAAUGUGUCUCUCGCUGUGAUUCUCACCAGAGCCGGGCUGGGACUCAACGCUGCUUCCCUGAAGCGUCUGAAAGCGGUGUGUUUGAGGGUUGCUGUUGGCCCGUGUCUUACAGAGACAUGUACAGUGGCUGUAGUGGCUCAUUUUCUGCUGGGUUUGCCCUGGAUCUGGAGCUUCAUGCUCGGUUUUGUUCUGGCUGCAGUUUCUCCAGCCGUGGUGGUUCCGUCCAUGCUGCUCCUGCAGGCCGAAGGAUUUGGUGUACAGAAAGGAGUUCCCACGCUCCUGAUGGCUGCUGGGAGCUUCGACGACAUCCUCGCCAUCACCGGCUUCACCACAAGCCUGGGCAUUGCCUUCGGAACCGGGUCCACAUGGAUGAAUGUGGGUAAAGGAGUUCUGGAGGUACUGGCAGGAGUUCUAGCAGGAGGAAUUAUGGGAUUUCUGCUCCAUUUUUUACCCAGCGAGGAUCAGUCAGACGUGGUUCUGCGGCGCUGCUGUCUGCUCUUGGCUCUGUCCAUCUUCAGUGUGUUUGGGUCUCUGGCGGCGGGUCUGGGUGGUGCUGGUGGUCUCUGCACACUCGUGCUGGCCUUCAUCGCUGGACUCAGCUGGGCAGAACAAAAGGCUCCAGUGGCAGCAGUGGUGGGCCGGUUCUGGGACAUCUUUCAGCCGCUUUUGUUUGGUCUGAUCGGAGCAGAAAUCAACAUCUCUUCGCUCAGCGCUUAUACUGUUGGUUUGGGUAUCUCCACUCUGUGUGUGGGUUUGCUGGUCCGUGUUUUGGUGACGUUCUGUAUGGUUCUGUUUGCUGGCUUCAGUAUGAAGGAGAAGAUCUUUAUAGCUCUGGCCUGGAUGCCCAAAGCCACAGUGCAAGCGGCUAUCGGCUCCACUGCGCUGGACAUGGCUCGCAGUGCUGGAGAUGAGCAGCUAGAGAAUUAUGGGAUGGAUGUUCUGACUGUGGCAGUUCUGGCUAUUCUCAUCACGGCACCGAUCGGAGCGCUUGCCAUCGGACUCACUGGACCCAAACUACUGCAGCAAGACACACACACACUCGAUGAGAGCGAGAGUGAGAGCAGUCACGCAGACGGUCUGGAGUCUAAACUCUGAAUCUUAACAUGCCUCGGGUGUCCUUCACCCAGACCCUUGAUCUACACUUGACUGAGCUUCAUUAAUCCUGCUCUGCCUGUAUCUGACAUUCUGUACAAUAAAGCACUUUCUGUCUGUC